UCAAACAAACUAAUAGCUUAGUAUAUCAACUAUAAAAAAAAGUUUAACAAAAUAACAAAAAAAACAACCAUGAUAAAAUCUAACGCUUUUAUUUUAUUGGUCACAAUUGCAUGUGUAUCGGCACAGUUCGGUAAUUUUUUCCCUAACCAUCGACACACCGAUGAUUGUGAUCAUAAUAGUAAUGGACAACACGGUAACCGACAUUUCCCAGGUUUACCGAUCCCGAGAUUUCCAAAUAUUUUUGGUCAUCAACAUCACGGCCAACAUCAUCAUCACCAACAACAACAACAACAGGAUAGUGGUAUUGGUGGUCAAUUUCCGGCACCAUUGGCCGAAAAUGGACAGUUUACUGCCGAAAAUGUUCGACGUAUGCCACUAGCCGUUCCCGAAACACAUUUAAAUUUUACGGCCACUCAGAUGACCAAUAUGACUGUCUUCAAAAAUAUUGUCUGCACUGGCGGUCCCAUCAAACGUAUAACAUUGGACUCGACUUUCCCCAGUGAAGUCACAUGCAAUGGUUACGAUGCAUGGGUUAGCCCGUGGACCUAUCAAGUGGUUACUGUCGAUAACCGACGAGAAAAUCUGACAAUUGCUAACUUUUCCCAGUAUUAUACUUAUCUGAAUGGCAAUCAGUAUGAAGUCAAUUACGGUGAGAUCAGUGAGGGUCGGUGUAAGGGAGACAUGUUUUUCUCGGUCAAUGUCUAUGUGGCCGACCAGCAGCUCGGGUGUAGCGGUAGUGGUCUGAAGUCGGCAUCAAUUGACUACAUUAAUGCCCACAUCUAUGGCUCAAACUGUGCCUCAAACUGUCAAUUGGAUGCUAAAGUCAAAUCGUUUUUCCGAUACGACCCACCCAUACAUAACUGAUUAACUAAUU